AUGUAGAUUAAUUACAUCAAUUAAAGAUACAUUAAACAAAAAUAAAUAGGAGGUGGCUAAUAUGGAAAAGUAUUUGAAGCAAAAGAUAAAUAAAAUGUCUUCUAGAAUAUCGCAAUAAAAUAAGUUAAUCUUUAAUAUGUAAGGCCUAAUGAAAAAGAAAUUUGGAAGUAAAUAAAAGGUUAAUAUGUUGUAGAAUUGUAUGAUUGUGUAUAAGAUGAGUAAAAUAUGUAUUUCAUCAUGGAAAAAUGUGAAGGUGGAAAUUUGCAAAAAUAUAUAGAAGAUAGCUCUAAGCAAGCUAAUAAAUAACUUACUCAAUAUCAAAUUUUAGAUCUAUUUUAUAAAAUAGUGAAAGGAUAUAAAGAGUCCUUGUAUGAAAAUAAUAUUAUUCAUAGAGAUUUAAAACCUGAAAACAUAAUGAUCCAUGAAGGGAAUCCUAAAAUAACAGAUUUUGGGAUGACUUUAAAAUAUAUUAAUCCAUAUGAUAUGAUUUAAUUCUCUGUAGCAGGUACUCCAAAAUAUGCUCCACCUGAGGCUAAAUCAAGUGACAAAUUAGGAAAUUACAUAUUCGAUAUUUACAGUUUAGGAUGCAUUUUAUAUUUUUGCCUAUACUCAAACACGCCAUAAAGUCCUACAACUUAUAAUCAAUUAAAUGAAUUUCAUGAGUGUUUAAAAACUUAAGGACCUUUAGCUAUUGCAUUUCCUAAUAGAAAUGUAAAUGGGACUGUAGAAAUUGUAGAUUAACCAAUCAAAGAUUUAAUAUAAAGAAUGAUUGUUUAUCAAUAAAAUUAAAGACUGACAAUAGAUGAAGUAUUAAAUCACCCAGCUUUCAUGAGAAACACUUUUCUCAAUAAUAGAAUUUUAAUUACAAGUAAUUUAAACUAAAUCCAAAGGCUCUUGGAUAAUAAAGUAAAAGAAUAUAUUUAGGAUAAAAACAUAGCUUAUGAAAAAAUAUUUACUAACUCAUCAAUAACGAUAUAGGAAAUUCGAUAUCAAGAGUUAAUUGAUAAAUAUUUUCAAUUCAUCUUUAACUCUACUAAAUUUACUUUGUUAGUAUUAAACUAAUUUGUUUAAAAUUUUACAAGAAUAGAAACUAAUCAAGAGAGCGAUUACAUAAUACUACACUUUGUGUUCUAUGUUGAUAUUACAUUUAAUUACUUAUUAGAUCUAUUGGAUGAAUCUUGUACAACUAUCCCAAAAUGCUUAAAUAUUUUAGAAAACUCAUAUCUUAAAUAUAAAAAAUCAAAUAGGAUGAAAGAAACAAAGUAAAUGAUAAUUAAAGAACAUUACAAAUGGAAGGAUUUAUAUAAAUAGCUAAUAAGUGAAUUGUAAUCAAAUUAUGAUAAAUUUCACUUAAAUUCUUAAAAUGUAUAUUAGUCUUUCAGUCAUAAAAUGUAUUAUCAAGCUCUUUAUUAAUACUCCCAAUAACAAUAGUUCAAUGGAGAUUACUGCGAAAGAAUCUUAAAGAAAAUUAUAAAGGAGUAUUUUAGAAAGUAUCCUAAUUAUAUGUCUUAAGAAAAAAUGGAGUUGCAUUAGGGCUUGAUUCUCAUACUUACUUUCUUAGAUAAAAGUAAAGAAAUAAAUUCUAAUUUUGAAAACUUCUCUUUUUCUUCCUAUUAUGAUUGGCUUCAGAAGGCUAGCUAUGAUUAGGAAAAGUUUAAAUAAAAAAUUUUUACUGAUAGUGAAUGA